AUGGCCCGCGAGACUGUCCCCCAAUCGUCCCCUCGGCCAAUUGCGGUCGAAUUCGAAGAGCCCACGAUCCCUGCUCCUGCUGAAAAUGCUGAGUCGGGAUGGGCUUUCCUCAAGGUGCUGUGGAAGCACCGUAAGAUUCUGGCAUGUUGCACCUUUGCCAAUAUUGGCGCUGCCAUGUAUGGCUUUGACAACUUGACGUUGUCGCUGUGUCUGAGUAUGCAGCCUUUUGUUGAGGAAUUUGGUACCCUUGAGAAUGGCACAUAUGCCAUCCCCGCGUAUUGGCAGUCGCUCUGGAAUGCUCUAUCGCAGGUCGCUACCGCUUUGGGCUGUUACGCGGCUGGUCCCAUCUCUGAUCGAUUCGGCCGUCGGCUGGCGUUUCUGGCCGCUGCCAUCAUUUCCGCCGCUGGUGUUUCCGUCGUGUACACAUCAUCAAGUCCAGGGCAGUUCCUGGGCGGCAAGAUGGUCAACGCAUUGGGUCUGGGUCUAGCCAUUACAGCUGGACAAACAUAUGUGUCAGAGAUCACUCCGACCGCCAUUCGAGGUGUCGCCUUGUCGGCUUUCACCAUGAGCAUGAAUCUUGGCUAUAUGAUUGCAGCUUCCGUCGCCUUCACCCGCAUUAGCAUCCCCGACCAAAGUGGAUACAAACUCAUCUUUGCUGCGGAAUGGAUCUGGCCAGGGUUGCUACUGCUCGACCUCCCACUCAUCCCAGAGUCUCCUUACUACCUUGUUCGCAACGGUAAGAUGGAGUCUGCUGCACGAUCUUUGCGCAGAUUGCACGACUCGUCAGAUUCUAUCGGCCCCGUGUUGCAAGCAAUCAAGAGCAUCACCGACCACGAGUCGUACAUCAAGGAGAACGCAUCCUUCAGGGAGUGCUUCCGAGGCAUCAACUGGCGUCGGACGCGCAUUGUUCUUUACGCCAAUGGUCUCUCCCAGAUGAUCGGUGCAACUUUCAUGUCCAAUGCUCCUUACUUUAUGAUCGUCGCAGGAAUGUCUGCCACCAGCGGUGCGAUGCUGGUGGAACUAGGCAUUGGUCUUGCCAUCAUCUCCAGUGCUUUCUCGUUCUGGGCCAUGACAGUGUUUGGUCGCAGGACCAUGAUCCUCAGCGGAACAGUCUUUGCUGGUGCUCUGUUCUUGAUUAUGGGUAUUGCAAGUUCUAUCCCGAAUCAGUCGGCUACUUCUCUUUGGUGUGUUGGAAUCUCACUCCAGCUAGUUUGGCUAAGUAUCGGCCCAGCCAUCGGACCUGCAAUGGCUCUGGCUGGCGAAUUGUCAGCCGUCAAGCUUCGCGCUCAGACAUUGGCCAUUGGCUUCCUGUUUAACUACACAUUUAGCACGAUUUUCAAUGUCGUGGUCCCGUACAUGUUCAAUACAGAUGCGGGCAACCUAGGAGGAAAGAUGAGCUGGAUCUUUUUUGGAACUUCCGUUAUUGCCGUCGCCAUUAUCUGGUUUGAGUUUCCAGAGACCAAGGGCCUGUCAUUUGCUCAGAUUGAAGAUCGGUUCGAGAUGAGAGUCAAGGCGAGACAAUUUACAAAGUAUCACAGCGAAGUGGAUACUACGGAUGUUAUCAAAGUUUCUGAUGAACAGAUCGAAUAUCUUGAUGGCAAGGAUGUGGAAAAGUGA